AUGGCUGACCUCAAUCAAAGUGGCAUGCGCCCCGCAGUCAAGGGCUCCAGACGCUCUCAUACCAAAUCACGGGCUGGCUGCCAACGCUGCAAGGCGAGGAGGGUCAAGUGCGAUGAGGCAAGGCCGGUAUGUCGAAAUUGUGAGAAAUCGUCGCUACGAUGUGAUUUCUCUCCUGCUCUCGCCCGCGCCGGUCCACAGCAACAAGCGAUUGGCAAACGGGGUCGCGGGCGACCACGAAGAGAUUGGGAAAGCAUUAUUGCUGAACUACCGAUGAGAAACGCAUCAUGUUCUUUACCAGCUCAGGAGACGGCAGAGUCUCCAUCAAGUGGCUCAGCGGUUACCCCGUGUUUGAACGUGGAUGACCUGGAACUGUUCUAUCACUAUUUGAAUCACAGAUGCCUAAAGAGAAGCGGAGAGCACAUGUGGCACGUCAAAGUCCCACAGCUAGGAUUCCAGCACCCCUAUGUCCUACAUCUGAUUCUCGCAAUGGCUGCUUUCCAUCUAGUGCACUUAGCGCCGCCAGACUCCGAUGUGGCCCGCUUCGAGGGUCUUGCAGACCAUCACUAUGAGGCCGGCCUGCGAGAGGUUUCUCGGCUUAUACCAUCUAUAAAUAGACACAACCUUGUGUCCCUGUAUGUUGCCACGGUACUCAUCUGUCUGAUAACGUGUGCCAAGAGGCCAUCCCCGGGUCAUCUCUUGCUCGUUGCUGAGGGACAGGAGGUGUCCUGGUGGCAACUUUUGCGGGGAGUUCGCUAUAUGCGGGAUCUCGAUGUCCAUGGUCUUCAGCUUUCUUUUCAUACGGAGGAAUCUACGGAAGAACAACCACAUGCCACUACUAGGCCGGUGCAUUGGGAAAGGCCAUUAGACGGCAUCUCGAAGUUCAUCGCCCAAGAAGCAACCAGUCCUGGCAAAGAAGUAUACGAGAAAGCACUCGCCGAUCUCUCAGGCUGUUUUCGCGACUCUUUCGGUACUGCAUCUCAGCCAAAAGAAGGCAGCGGCGUUGACGGCGAGUUUCAAUUCAUAAUGGGCUGGGUAUACCGCACUGAAGAAGACUUUGUGUUGUGCCUGAAAAACCAGCAGCCAAUCUCGCUCAUUAUUCUGGCUUAUUUCUCUGUUCUGAUCAAGACGUUGGAAUAUGAAUGGUUCAUGCAAGGGUGGGCCAGUCAUAUCCUGGAAGGCGUUGGGGAAAGGCUACGUAUAGAGUACCGACACUGGUUGGACUGGCCGGCAGAGCAGAUUCGAGAAAUUGAAGCAUUUAGGCAGCAGAAUAACUAG